AUGCGACAGAUGUUACCGACUGGGCAAAGAAUGCUUCUUCCGGCCGGCUGUCUCACGCAGAGCGCCGGCGAAGAGGACGUCGUAAGUGAACAGCAUGUUUUGGCUGCCUUUGGCCCGCUGACUAUUAGAGAAAGGCGAAUCGGUGACCUAGAAUCAAAGCUGGACAAGCUACUGACGACCAUUUCCCACCCCGAUAACAAGCUUUUAGAUGCUCGUCUCGAACCUGCCGAGCAAGCAUCGACUAUCGUAUCGUUCGAACAGGCCAGUGCUCUCGUUGCCCAUUUUCAGGGCUCAAUGGCGCUUCAUUUUCCCUUUGUUGUUUUUCCUCCGGGAACGCUGCUGGACGAGAUCCGGCAGAGUGAAACAUUACUAUUGCUGGCCAUUCUUGCGGCAGCAGCGUAUGAAGCCCCUGCCAGACAAGAGGCUUUGGUCCAAAAAGUUCAGACUGAAAUCAACAAACAACUGCACUCUGAUGCCAUGCUCACGGUCAAGAUGUUGCAAGCGUUGUUGAUUCAUGUUGCUUGGUGUCAUUGUCAUUCGGGUCCUGAAAGAUACUCGGUUUAUCUUCACCUCGCCAUCAGCAUCGUCGACCAGCGAAAAAUAGAUCAGCCGAAACAACUUCGCACCUCCCGUCCACGCAUGGCCAUUGGCCCAAAACAAGGAUUUUCGCCCGAGAACCCAAGUGAAGCAGCUGAACAGCGAGCUCUUAUCGGUUGUUAUUAUUUUUCUUCGUCUCUGGGCGUUCUCCUCCAGAAGAAGUGCAAAUUCCCAUACUCGUCCUUCAUCGAGGAGUGUGCAGAGUCACUUGCUCAAAUCGCCGAAUUCCCCACUGACCACCUACUUGGUCACAUCACCCGAUUCCAGCAUCUUCUAGAACAGGCCGAUGCUUUGUCUAUUUCUAAUUCGCCGCAUCUGCAUGCAUCCGACGACUCCGGCCUGAGGUCAUCGGUUCAAACUCUUCGUGAAAGAGUCCGCAUCUGCAAAUCUCGCAUACCCCCGGACUUGACUGAAAACUAUCUUCUAGCUCUGCAAAAAUAUACAGUCGAGCUGCACAUCUGUCAAAUCAGUCUUUUUGAUCGACCAAGCGAUUCCAAACUCCCGCCGCCAGAAUGGUCAGACUUUCGUAUUCAGGCUCUGCUCGAUGGCCUCACGGUUGCAAACCAAAUGUUCAUAUAUAUGAAAUGUAUUGACCCACAAAUACAGCGAGCGUCAAACCAUACUGAAUGGCUGCAAAUUGGAUAUUUCAUAGUCAUCUCUUGCAAACUUGCGGUGGCGUCUUGCGAGCUACCUGUUUUUCAUUGCACGCAACACCUGCGAGAAGAGUUGAACAUGCCAAUGAUGUUAGAUCUCGCCAUGGAGCGGAUGAAAGCCUUGACCGUGCCCGCGGACCCCAACCAGCAGCAAGGUCAUAACGAUCCCCCUUUUUCCCAUAUGGCGUGGUUGAAACCUAUCCAAGAUUGGUUCAACAGGCAUUAUGCCCCGAACGAGCCUGCUCAAGCAGGAGAAAUGGGCUAUGGUUCCCACGGCCUGAUUGCUUCAAACAAUACUUUGACUUUUGAUAUGGAGGAAGACAGUGACUAUUUGACUUCCAUGAACUGGUAUGAUUUCCAGUGGUCUAAUUUCUUUCCAUGGUCCGCAGAUGACAGACUGCAUGAGUGGGCGUAG